GAUGUUGGUGCAUUUUUGUUACGAUCUUCGGUGGCAAUCCAUUUGAGUGAUAAUGAAGAGAAGUUCUUUCUGCUCGUUUAUAUGGCUCAAAAGUUGGUGGCACUAGCUAAAGGUGAAUGUGCACCAGAAUCACCGGAUAAUCCUCAGUUCCAAGAGGCGGCCGUCUCAGGACACAUCAUGUUGUUGACACUACGAGAGAGAUUGGAGACUGUCCUGCGCAAUGCGAGGUAUCGAAUCGAACAAGAAGCGCAGAAGAAGGAAACAUUUAGGUUGAACAGUCGUGAACUUCUUCGAGCGCUUCGUGGUGCUGGCUCGAUCACGCGUGGUAUGGAAUUUUUCUUAGCAACUGGCAAUCUGGUGACCCAAACCGGUUUAGGACUUCAACAAACGCAAGGUUUUUCGGUUAUUGCAGAGCGUAUCAACUAUUUGCGAUUCGUAUCACAUUUCAGAGCAAUUCACCGUGGUGCAUUCUUCAUGGAAAUGCGCACCACAGACGUUCGAAAGUUACGUCCAGAAGCGUGGGGUUUUAUCUGUCCAGUACAUACUCCAGAUGGUGCGCCGUGUGGCCUGUUGAAUCAUGUCACGGCGAGUGUACGCAUCGUUACACAUUACUCAUCACUGAAGCAUAUUUCGACGUUGCUGAACGAACUGGGUGUUUUAACGCAUUCAGCAGUCUCACUGACGAAUAGUGAUGAGAUGUAUCCAGUGUUAGUGGACGGACGUUUCGUUGGAUAUGUUCCGUAUUCGAAGGCGUCGUAUGUGGAAAAGCAAUUACGGCUAAGAAAAGUGGAUGAGAAAGACAAGAGCGUGCCGUAUUGCUGUGAAAUUGUAUUGAUCAAGCGUUCUGAAGAUCCAACUCGCAUUCUCACUCAAUAUCCGGGAUUGUAUAUCCUCUCUGAUCCAGCACAUAUGAUACGUCCAGUGAAGAAUCUGGUGGCGAAUACGACUGAAUUUAUUGGAACGUUUGAGCAAGUUUAUCUGUCGAUAUGUAUAGAGCCGAGCGAAGCAGAGCCUGGUGUGACUGAACAUCAAGAACUGCAUCCGAGUUGUUUGUUCAGUUUUGCUGGCAAUUUAAUCCCAUUCCCGGACCACAAUCAAUCACCACGUAACGUUUAUCAGUGUCAAAUGGGUAAACAAACAAUGGGUACACCAAUUCAUGCUUGGUGCAAACGAGCUGACAAUAAGAUGUAUCGAUUACAG